GCCGCCGCCGCCACGGCCGUCUCUGCCGGCCCCAUCAUGGAGCGCACCUUCGGUGGCAGCUGGAGCUUCAGCUGGGGCUCGUACACCGAGAAGGCCCCCUGGAAGGACAACUCGAAGCCCUCUUGGUGCCACGGUGAGCAGAUCAGCGGCAUUCCCACCUGGUCUGGCGGUGACUGGGCCAAGCAGUGCAAGACGAACCCUUGGGCCUUCUGGACCAUGUGGUACAAGCCCCAGUGGUGCAAGACGGGCAACAAGCCCAAGCCCAUCCCCUCGACCCCCAGCACCAACCCCACCUGCGACGGAGCCUACCAGGUCGUCUUCCAGGACCUCCAGAAGCAGGCCGACACGGGCGUCUACGCCGGUCAGACCGUCGGCGCCGCUACGGUGGACAACGAGAACUACCUCACCUACGGUCUCGCCACCAGCGUCGACGGCUGCCUCGAGACGUGCGACAAGACCGAGGGCUGCGUCUUCGUCAACGUCUACCAGGACCACGUCGACAACUACCCUGCCGAUGUUGCGGACCUUCCCGAGUCUGCCCAGAAGAAGUACGCCCCAGGCACCCUCACCUGCGCCCUCUACAAGGCAUGCUCUGACAAGGACAAGGCCACCAACUUUGCCGGCCAGCAGGACCCUACCAAGAUCCUCAACUCUGACGGCUACUGCAAGAGCGGCAACUGC